AUGCAGCUGAAGAACGUACUUUACCGGGGCCUGCCCUUUGCAGUCGCAACCAUCGCGGCAGCCAAAACAAUCAACCACGCCUAUGAAUUCAACCCCGUCGUCGUCUCCGGCGGCGGCUACAUCACAGGAAUAAUCGCCCACCCUACUGAGAAAGACCUACUCUACGCGCGCACAGAUAUUGGGGGUACAUACCGGUGGAGUUCGUCCGAGGACAAAUGGAUCCCACUGAACGACUUCAUCAGUGCAGCCGAUGAAAACCUACUAGGCACAGAGAGUAUUGCGUUGGACCCCAAUGAUCCAGAUCGUCUUUAUCUUGCGCAGGGGCGGUAUCUUAGUUCGGAGAAUGCUGCGCUCUUUGUUUCGAGCGAUAGAGGUGAGACGUUUGACAUCUACCCAGCGCCGUUCAAGAUGGGCGCCAAUGAGCUCGGACGGAAUAAUGGGGAGAGGUUGGCUGUGAACCCCUUCAAGGCGGAUGAGCUGUGGAUGGGAACUAGGGAUGCGGGUCUGCUGGUGAGUGAGGAUGGAGCGAGGAGCUGGAGGAACGUGACUGGGUUCCCGAACGCGAACGCGAACGGAAUCGGAAUCUUCUGGGUGAUUUUCGAUCCGAGAAGUGAGGGGACCGUUUAUGUUGGUGUUGGCGUGCCUGGGGGAAUUUAUGUUACCAAGGACUCCGGUGAGACCUGGAAGGCUGUACCGGGCCAGCCGCUGGAAUGGGAUGAAGAUGUUCUUGUCUUUCCGGAGGAAGCGCAGCCGCAGAGUACAGGACCGCAGCCGAUGAAGGGUGUACUGGCGGAGAACGGGGCACUAUAUGUGACUUAUGCCGAUGCGCCCGGGCCGUAUGGUGCGACUUAUGGCGGGGUCUAUGUCUAUAACACGACUUCAACCGAGUGGACGAAUAUCACGCCGAAUGCUGACAACUCAUCUCCGCCGCCCUUUGACAAUCAGACAUUUCCGGCAGGAGGGUUCUGCGGGCUCAGCGUUGAUUCAAAGGAUCCGGAGACACUCGUGGUUGUGUCUCUAGAUCGUGAUCCCGGUCCGGCUUUGGACAGCAUGUAUCUCUCGCGUGACGGUGGGCGGUCCUGGAAGGAUGUAUCUCAGAUCUCAACACCACCUCGCUCAGGCGGAUACUGGGGUCAUCCGAUCGAGGAAGCCGCGUUCAAAGACGGCACUGCUGUUCCUUGGCUGAGCUUUAACUGGGGCCCUCAAUGGGGCGGUUACGGUGCUCCCUCUCCUGUGCGCGGGCUGACGAAGUUUGGAUGGUGGAUGACGGCUGUCCUCAUCGACCCUAGUGAUUCUGACCAUGUUCUCCAUGGCACUGGAGCUACCAUCUGGGCAACUGACAACUUGUCCAGUGUGGAUAAGAACCAAGCACCUGACUGGUACAUCCAAGCUCAAGGAAUUGAAGAGUCCGUUGCUUUGGCCAUGGCAAGCCCUAACGGCGGCAAUUCGCACCUCCUCACUGGCCUGGGUGAUAUCAACGGAUAUAGGUAUGGUGAUCUCGACGUUCCUCAGCCGAUGUUCGAACUUCCGGUAUUCUCGAACUUGAAUGCCCUCGACUGGGCCGGUCAGAAGCCAGAAACUAUUAUUCGUGCCGGCCCCUGUGGACAUAACUACACAGAUGGUUGCGGACUUGCCGCGUACUCAGCGGACGGUGGCAGUUCAUGGACAAAGUUCGCUACCUGCAUUCCCGGCAUAGAGACUGGCACCCCGAAUCCUGGGGUCAUAGCUAUCGACGCUUCAGGCAAGAACAUUGUGUGGUCCUCGGCAAUGACGACGUACUGGCCAACCCUGCAGGCUAUCACGACUCGCACGAACGAAUCCGGUCCGUAUGUCACGACGGACCUAGGCCAGACCUGGGUGUCUCCCACCGGUUUAAAUGUGCAGACUCCCAAUAUUAGUGCGGACAGAGUCCAACCACGAACAUUUUAUUCGUUUAGUGAUGGGACGUGGUAUCUGAGUAGGGAUGGUGGCCUUUCAUACCGCGCCUUCGAAGCCAAAGAAAUUGGGCUACCAGCAUAUUCGGGUGCUAUGCCAAUCGCGAAUUUCAAUAGAGCAGGCGAGGUCUGGCUCGCGCUUGGAGACUUGGGCAUCUACCAUACCCGCAACUUUGGCAAGAGAUGGUCGAAAAUUACUGAACGCGGAGUAGCAGCAAGACACCUGACAAUUGGUGCUGGUGCGCGACGUUCCUCAGGACCAGCGCUUUUUAUUGUCGGGAAAGUCGCAAGCCGUGGCCCGCUAAGCGAAGACGGAGUGUAUCGCUCAGAUGACAAUGGUAAAACCUGGGUGCGAGUAAAUGACGAAAAGCAUCAGUAUGGUGGGAUGGCAAUGAUCCAGGGUGAUCCUCGGGUGUAUGGCCGUGUUUAUCUGGGUACCGGCGGUCGAGGUAUCAUCUAUGCUGAUAUCAAGACGAAGCGCGAGGAUUGA